GAUAUCGCAGAGGCAGUUUUUGUGUAUGCAUCCUAAUGUAAACUUCGUUGACGUUUUCCUAUUUUCUCAUGAAAGACGAGUUAUAUGUUCGUUAGUGAUAAAAAACACAGAGAAUUUGUAGUUAUCAGAGAAAGAACAGAAGCAAACAUUUAUGUCAUACAAUCAUUUUUGUAUGCAAUAUUUGUUUGGAGAGAGAACUUUCGUUGUUUCAAGUGUCUAGAGUGUAGUUAAUAGACUGCAUCAGAAAGAAUAGGUAGCCUAGCUGUCAAACAUGGAUAUGAAAUACAUAGUGAGAAAAAAGAGGGACGGUGAAGAGCUGAGUGAAGAGGAGAUAAGAUUUUUCAUAAAAGGUGUCAGCAAUGGAACAGUUCAUGAAGCUCAAAUAGGUGCAAUGCUCAUGGCAAUAUUCCUAAAGGGAAUGACGCAAGAGGAGUCUGUAACGCUUACAAGAGAAAUGGUGUUUUCCGGUGAUACAAUGCAAUGGCCGGAGAAGUUUAGAGGUUCACUGGUGGAUAAGCAUAGUACUGGAGGGGUGGGGGAUAAAGUUUCCAUCCCCUUAGCCCCGGCAUUGGCUGCUUGUGGUUUGAAGGUACCUAUGUUGACCGGCAGAAGUCUCUCCUUCACUGGAGGUACUCUUGAUAAAUUGGAGAGCAUACCAGGUUUCAGGAUAUCUCUGAGUGAGAGAGAGAUACAAUGCUGUCUGGAGGAAGUGGGAUGUUUCAUGAUGGGAACUACAGACCGAAUUUGUCCUGCUGAUAAGGUGCUCUACAGAGUGCGCGAUUUGACCUCAACCAUAGAUUAUUACAAUCUUAUAGCCUCAUCAAUCCUAUCCAAGAAAGCAUCGGAAGGAAUUGAUUACUUGAUCAUGGACUUGAAAGUAGGCUCAGCCACGUUUAUGAAGAACGUCGAAAGUGCUAGAAUUUUGGCUCAUCAAAUGAUCAAUCUAUCGAAAUUGCUUGGAUUCAAGAUAAGAAUUCUGCUGACAAGACAUGAUACACCGCUCGGAAGGUGCGUUGGAAACUCUCUAGAAAUUAUUGAGUCUGUUCAAAUUUUGCGUGGCGAAGAAGCACCAUUCAUAAAAGACUUGGUUGUGCAUAUCGGAGGCAACGCCCUUCAUUUGAGCGGCAAGACUAGUUCGGUUGAAGAAGGAGAACUAAAGAUGAGGGAAGUAUUGGGAAACGGAAAAGCGUUGGAAUGCUUCGAAAAUAUGCUGACCAAGCAAGGCGUUAGCAAUGGAUUGAGUCAUCAACUUUGUUACGGGGACACUAGGAACGCUCUUCCCCAAACAAAGUACCAGACUAAAUUACUGGCACAAAAAACAGGUUGGAUAACCAGGAUCGAAGCUUUGCCUAUUGGAAAAGUGUGCUACGAGUUGGGGAAAGCAAAUGAAAAUCUCAGUGAAAAUUCUAAUAGAUCCACAGGAGUUGAACUAUCGAAAACGGUUGGUGAAUUUUUACAGAAAGGAGAGACCUGGAUAGUAGUUCAUCAUUCAGACGAAAAACUCUCUGAAGAUCACAUGAAAGAAUUGAAAGAGUCCAUUACAAUUUCUUGUGAGAAAAUUGAAUUGGAAAAUCAAUUGAUUGAAGUGAUUGAAUAAGGCUAUUGAUUGUUUGGAGUUAUUGAUUGAGAUAUCUAGCCAAAUAUUUUUCAUAAUUAUUUGAAUAAAAUUCUAUAAUUUUAUGGAAAUAUAAUUUUUUUGGCAAGAA